CGAAGAGAUAUAUUCACAUUAUCAAACUCAAGUCGAAAAUUAUGAACAAGCUGGCAGGGAAAAGGGAGCAACAAGAAUUUGAUGCAAGAGGCUAUAACUUAUAUGAAGCUGGAUGGCAUUAUGGUAAUAUCGGAGAUAAUCAUGGCUCAUCGAAUACACAAUCGAGAAGCUCGUUCGCUUUGACUUACACGAAUCAGCUAAAUAAACUGCCUUCUACAAGAGGUGAAGAUUUAAUGCCAGGGACUCGACGAAAUCAAGCUGGCAGCUCAAAUAUAUAUCCGGAGGCACAUAAACCGCCUCACUGUGAAAUGACGAAUUCGCCCUUUGUAUUGUCGGAGGAGCCUGUUUAUGUGAAUGCCAAACAGUACCAUGCAAUUCUGAGGCGAAGAAAAUUCCGUGCCAGGGCUGAAAUGGAAAAUAAAUCUACAAGAGAUAGAACAAAGCCAUAUCUUCACGAAUCUCGACAUUUGCAUGCGGUGAGAAGGGCGAGGGGGUGUGGAGGCCGUUUUGCGAACAAGAAGAAAUCUCAUGGCGAAUGUGAAAAUGCUAAUCUUGAUGAGGGUAAAAACGUCAAUGUUUCACCGGUAUGUGGUGGACUAGUCGAACGUGGCAAUGAAUCCGAGAGGCUUCUAGAAACUAAAAACGGUGUGGAAUUCUUCCAUAGUUUUUUGUCCAUGUAAUAACAACUUGUUUGUGUCAUGUGAGAUGGUCCAAUGUAUACUUUGUACAUUAUAUAUAGAGUGUUAUAUGUAAUGUAAAUAUAUUUUGAAAGGUCUUGUGUAA